AUGUUUCAAAUUCGCUCAUACCCACCUUCCCAAUCAUCGUCAUCAUCAUCGUUCGCCACCCACAACACACCCUCACCCCUACAGCAACACCCCCGCCAGCCACGAUCUUCCUCAACGGUCAUCAUCGAGCGGCGCAACCAGCGAGAACGCGUCCGUGUGCGUGCCGUGAACGAAGCCUUCGCUAGACUGCGCCAGAUGGUGCCAGCGACCCGAUCUGCGGCGAAACGCGUCUCAAAAGUGAAAACCCUCAAACGGGCUGCGGAGUACAUUGGGGUGCUGCAGAGGAGACUGACCGUGAUGGCCAGAGGACAGGACAAGUUAUAG